GGCGUAUCUCCGUCACUAUUCAUUUGGAAUAGUGCCUUGCGCUGGGUACAAGCAUGGCGCAGCUUCUAUUACUACGUGGUGUGCACCGGUUUGUCAUGCGGUGGCUCUGUAUGCCAGUGUGACCACGUCUGCGCGCAAAUACUUCAUUUACCCUUCACCGGAUCACAGUCCACUUUCAUGCCUCAUUCUCUUCAUUCUCGAGUCUUUCUUCAAGCACCUCUCAUUUUCCAAGCAUUCUCGGAGUCACCAUGGUCUUCACAUUUAAGAAAACGUCGAAGCAGACGGAACUACCUCCCCCACCUCGGUACACAGCUCAUGCUUCGCGACCUAUCAUCCCCGAGCCUCACUUGCUCGCACCCCCGCCGAAUCAACUUCAAAUCAUUGAGAAUCGCUACGUCGAUGAUGAGAAACUUUCACAGAUCUGCAUCAAACUGUUCGGACUUGGGAAUUACGACAUCAGGUACAAAUCGAAGAAGUUUUAUCUUUCCGUACCCGUAUUUCUCGAUCAGGAGACUAUCGAUCAGUGCGACCGCUACUAUCAGGAACUUCCUCCCUCCGCCUAGA